CCUCGCGAAGCUACCUUGCUUCCACGAGAGAGAGAGAGAGAAGGCGAAGCGCACCGAUGUUCAGCUUCCCUCUCUCAAAUUCUACACUGACCCUCCUCGAUCAUGGCCGCUCCAAUCUGUCUCGUGGAAGGAGCAAGAAACCAAUCCUCAAGUGACCGACACCCCACGCUCUGGUACUGUCUGUCGAUGCGCUCGUGCGUGUGAAUUCUCGAAAUUACUUGCUCUGGUUUAGCUUUGUUGUGCUCUUGUACUAGAUUGACAGAAUGCCUCUGAGUGAUGUCAGCUGAAACUCUGCUUCUGUAGCUGUGUAUCAUGAAUGGGGUGUGGGUGUUUUUUCAGUCCAGUUCUUGGUCUGUGGGUUUUAAAGGGAUUGACACUCACCCGCCAGUGUUGUUCUCUUGUGCUGCUUAAGAGGAAUUGUGGGCAUGCUUUUUUCUAGACUGAAGUUUUGAGUUCCGGGUUGCUGAAACUAUCAUGGCAUACGUUCCGCCGCGCGGGCAACAUUGGAAGGAGAGGGAUGGCCCGUCCCGUGUUCCAGCACCGGUUGCGUGGCGGGUCAGGAAAGGUCCUGACUCGAGGCCGCCCGAAACUAUUGCUCAUCAGAUUGGGAGGGAUCAACAUUUGGAGGAGAGGGAUGGCCCGUCCCAUGUUCCAGCCUCGGUUGUGUGGCGGGUCAGGAAAGGUCCCGACUUGAGGCCGUCCGAAACUAUUGCUCAUCAGAUUGGGAGGGAUCAACAUUGGGAGGAGAGGGAUGGCCCGUCCCAUGUUGCAGCCUCGGAUUCGUGGCGGUUCAGGGAAGGUCUUAACCCGAUGUUGCCCGACACGAUUGCUAAUCAGAUUGGGAGGAAUCUACAUUGGAAGGAGAGGGAUGGCUCGCUCCGUGUUCCAGCAUCAGAUGCGUGGCGGUUCGGGAAAGGUCUUAACUCGAUGUCCUCCGAAACUAUUGCUCGUCAGAUUGGGAGGAAUCAACGUUGGAAGGAGAGGGAUGGCCCGUCCCGUGUUCCAGCAUCAGUUGCGUGGCAGUCCACUCAAAGUCUUAACUCGAGGUUGCCCAAAACUAUCGCUCAUCAGAGUGGGAGGAACCAACAUUGGAAGGAGAGGGAUGGUCAGUCUCGUGUUCCAGCAUCAGAUGCGUCGCGGUUCAGGAAAGGUCUUAACUCGAGUUCGCCCAAACCUAUUUCUCAUCAGAGUGGGAGGAUUGAGUAUGCAGGCAAGGCAAUAUCUAGAUGGUUGGCUGUUGGUUUGGAUGCUGGCGGAGGUCAUCUUCCUUCUAGUGUCUUUCUCAGGCCGGUCUCUGUUGAGGCCAUUGAAUUGCAACCAGGAGAGAUACCGUUAGCCUUAGCCAAAAGUUGUAUAGUUAAUGAAGAUGAUGAAACGGGCCGGGACCAUGGGAAGAAGCCUUGGGUGCAUAUUACUGAAACUGUGAUGCAAGAUUUAUUUUGUUCAUUCAAAGCUUUGACGAGUAAGAUUAAGGAUCAGUGCAUGGAUGGAAUAAAACCAACAGUGGUUGCUAGAUUCGGAAAAAUUCUUUUUCGUGGGAGUCCUUCAUUUCCGGUGGAAAAUUGUGGAGAUAUGGUUGCAGUGGCCUCAUUGAAAUGGUUGAAAAGAAAAUUUUACACAAAUCUUCCUUCCUCUUAUAUGGAAAAUGUGACUCAUAAAGUUAUCCCGGAGAUUGGCCUUAGUUUUGAAGACGAAAAGGAUAUAUAUCAUGUCAAGUUAUGUGAUAUGUCCAGGCCAGGUGAGACUAUCUGCUGCAAAUGUCUUGUUAUUAAGGAUGAGCAGCGACUUGAAAUUUAUAAGGCAAAUUCCUGCUUCUCACCACAUAAUGAGCUUAUCGAAUUAGGCCAAAUGAGACACAUGGUUGUUGAUGUAUCAUGCCUCAAUAAGGAUCUGGAUAUGAGGUUGAUGCUACGUGCCAAGAGACUCUUCACGGCUAUUAGUGAAAGUGAAAAGAGCAGCAUUACGGAUUUGAUUACUUCUGCAGCUUUAGAUUCCAGUGUAAAGGGGGGUUUAAAAUGGCCUCUGAGGAAGGCAUUUUCUGGGGAUAGAUACAGGGUCGUUGGGUCUUGGCAUACAAUCUCUAAAACUUAUAAUAAUUCAUCCAUGAGGCUGAAGGUGAAGCAUGCCGAUCGGUUUGAUUUUAGGGGCUCCCAUGGGGAAGUUACUGAAGAAAUUACCCUGAAGUUGAAAGGAAUAACUUCUGAAUUGAAUGCACAGAGUCUGGGAACUGAUUCAAUCUGUGAUAUGCUUAAAGAUGCAGUAAAGAUGAUGUGGGAGCACUUCUUAUCUUGUGAAAAUACGGUCUUUUGAAUUGGCCUCUCUUACUCAGUGUAUGAGAGAGAGAGAGAGAGAGAGAGAGAAUGUAAUUGAAAGUCAUGGUGAUUGUAUGAUUUGUCUUGUGAGAAUGUACUAAUUCCAACUGAGGAUGUACAUAAGGGCUCAAAAACAUGGGCCUCAUUCUAUUUUUUCGCCUUGCGGGAAUGAAUUUGAUAUAUCGCUCCGGCUUUAUGUA